AUGGCUACCACCGCUGGAUCGUCCCGUGCUGCUCAGACACCAUCGCUAGACAACUCAGAGUACUUAGAGACUCGCUCUGUCCAACUCGAAUGGCGUGUGAGCAACUUGAAGCAGCUUUUCGACCAGACCAAGGGCGAGAGCAAGUCCCGCUGCGUCAAGUCCGCCCUCUUCGACAACUCGCGAUGGCAGCUCUUCCUAUACCCUAACUCGGGCCACGACAACUACGUCUCGCUGUACCUCUCCUGCGAGCCAACGCAAGCGGAGAAGGAGCGGGCACUGGCGGAACCACCGGCAGUCGCAGCGGCUGAUGGUGCUGUGGGCGCGAAGGAGGGCAAGGAGAAGGACCGGGUGCCUUGGCGGCGGGAUGGGAAGUUCAAGUUCACGUUCGAGGCCCGCUCGAUUGACCGCCGGAUUGUCUUCAAGCAGCUCGAAGCCGACAACCACGACUUCAGUUUCCGCACUAAGAACUGGGGUUUCCUCAAUUUCUGGCGACGCAGCGAGGCGUACUACAACAACCCGAACACACGAGCGAGCGACGCCUUCCUCAUCGUCUGCACGAUCGUCUGCGAGCCAACUUUGCCGACGAGCCCGCCGCUUCCGCACUUGCUCGUGCCCAAGACGCUCAUCAAUGCUUAUGCAUCGAUGUUUGAUGACCCGGACUAUGCGGAUGUGGUCUUCCGCAUCAGGCCUGAAGGCGUCGAGGGCAAGAAGGGGAGGGAGAAGAGGCUGUACGCGGCGAAGAAGGUGCUUGCUGGGCGGAGCGAGUACUUUGACAUGAUGCUCUCGUCCGGCUUUCACGAGUCCACCCGCACCACCACCGCCGCACCGUCCGCCAGCACCUUCGAAGAAUUGGAAGACGAAGGCGAGCUCGACUACGAGUCGACGAGCGAUGACGAAGUGGAUCUCGAUGAGGACGACAACUCGGGCGGCGAGAGCACCGAGUCUGAGCAAGAGGACGAGUCGAUGUUGGGCAGUCCGCGGAGACAAGACUUCUCUCCCGCUCAGCCUCUUGCUUCGUCCAGUGCCUUCUCCGAUCCCCGCGAUCCAGACGCGACAGACCAAGCGCCCUCAUCGCCCGAACUCGCUCGCACGCCUAUGCCUUCUGCUCCUCGCCGCCCUCUCUCCCCUACCUCUCCCGUCUCGAUCUCUGACGACGAGCGCCCCAAUCGCGCAGACGGCGACCGGAGCGCCGACGAAUCCUCCUCGACCGACGGCGGCGAAUCGGAAUCCCAGCUUGCUGGCAGGCCUGCGACACCGUCCACCGGUGCGGCAAGCAGGUUUGUCGACGCGCCGAGUGCGCCGCAGUCGCCUGUCAGGCCUGCUACGGCGCGCGCACCGGCUUCGGCGACGUCGUUGGUGCGGAGGGGAGGGCCGAUCGCGCUCACGCCGCGGAAGAAGAGGGAGCCGAGGAAGAAGGCGCCGGCGGAUGAUCGGCCGAGGUUUGAGGUGGUCGUUACGGAUGCUGCCUACUCGACCUACCGCGCCCUGCUGCACUACCUGUACACCGACUCGAUCUCGUUCUCCCCUCUCGCCUCAACCUACUACGUCGCCAAAGACUACGCAGCAAACAACUCGCUUCCCUUCCCCUACGCCUCCCGCCGCGCCUACCUGCUCGCCCUCUCGCCUCCUUCGAUGUCCGGCAUCGCCGCUUCGAACGAAUCGAAUGCCGUCGCGCCGUGUUCGGCGAAGGCAAUCUACAGGCUCAGCGACAAGAUGGGAUUGGUGGAGCUGAAGGAGCGUGCGUUCGAGCACAUCGUCUCGAGUCUGAACGCGCAGAACAUCGUCUACGAGGUGUUUGGCUCCUUCUCCAAUCGCUUCGACGAGGUUCGCCGCGUCGAGAUUGCCUUCCUCCUCGAAAAAUGGAACGAAGUCCGCUCGUCGCCUCAGAUGCGCAAAGUCUUCGACUACGUCCGCACCGCCCGCUUCCCCGGCUUCGAAGACGUCUGGCUCGAGAUCGUCCAGAACCUCGAGGUCCGCAUCCCGCCUCCUGUCGCGCAGGCGCCGGCUGCGAGUUCUGCAGCGGGCGGGGGAGCGGGAAGUGGAGCGGGAGAGGAGGAGAGGGCGUGA